GCGAUAAUGGAUUCGGGUUCGUUGUCGCCUCAAAGGCCAUGGAAGAUGCCAUUAGACGUGCACAGACAUAUGGAAUUGGAAUAGUGACCGCCGAACAUUCCAACCACUUCGGGAUGGGCGCGACGUACGUCCUCCAAGCUCUCGAUGCCGGUAUGAUCUCGCUGGUCUUUACAAAUUCGGCUAAGCAGAUGCCUCCGUUUGGAGGGAAAGAGACGCUCUUGGGUAUUUCUCCAUUUGCUGCUGGGGCGCCUAGUAAGAAUGAAGUGCCUUACAUUCUCGAUAUGGCCCCGUCUGUAGUAGCAAAAGGCAAAAUUCGACGAGCCGCUCGAAGAGGUGAGAAGAUUCCUAUCGGAUGGGCCUACGAUAAAGACGGAAACCCGACCGAAGACCCAAAUGUUGCCUUAAAUGGAUCAAUGGCACCCAUAGGAGGUCCCAAAGGAUCCGGCAUCGCAAUAUUAAUGGACAUUAUGUCUGGCGUCUUAUCAGGGGCUGCCUUCGGUGGAGAAGUCGGUGAUCAAUACAAAGAAGCACGGCCUCAGAAUGUGGGACAUUGCUUCAUCGCAAUCAAGCCAGAUGUUUUUAUGUCGUCGGAAGGUUUUCGCGCAAGGAUGGACACUUUGGUGCAGCGCGUACAUGGAGUGACGCCCGCAGCAGGUUUCAAGGAGGUAUUAUUCCCUGGUGAGCCUGAACAUCGGCUUUCGAUUGAGCGAUCAUCUCAAGGAUUGCCUUUCGUCGAUGCUGAGAAGGCUAUGUUUGACAAAUUAGCAGAGAAGUAUGGUGUUUCCAGUUUGGUGUAUUCAUCAACGCCAUUGGUUUAACAUUAGGUCAAUAAAAAGGCCCAUGAGAAAUUCAUUUCAAUCGGAGAUAAAUGUGAUGAAGAUGAAGAAACGCAUGGUUUUCUCUCUGUAGGGAGAUUACUAGAUGGCUUGGG